CGACACGUUCCACAACGGCCAACUUUUUUAAUACCAUGACGUCACAAAACGCGCCGUGACGUCACCACAAAGCGCCAAGAAACAAUGGGUCAAAGCCAAAGUGGGGGCCACGGUCCAGGUGGAGGAAAGAAGGAUGACAAGGAUAAGAAAAAGAAAUACGAACCCCCCAUUCCCACCAGAGUUGGCAAGAAGAAGAAGAAGACAAAAGGACCAGAUGCUGCCAGUAAACUACCCUUGGUCACCCCUCACACUCAAUGCCGCCUGAAGCUACUGAAGCAGGAGCGCAUCAAGGACUACCUCCUGAUGGAGGAGGAGUUUAUCCGAAACCAGGAGCAGAUGAAACCCCUGGAAGAAAAGCAGGAGGAGGAGAGGUCUAAAGUGGAUGACUUGCGAGGCACACCCAUGUCUGUGGGGACGCUGGAAGAGAUCAUUGAUGACAACCACGCUAUUGUGUCCACCUCGGUGGGGUCAGAGCAUUAUGUCAGCAUCUUGUCCUUCGUGGAUAAAGACCUGUUGGAGCCGGGCUGCUCAGUCCUGCUCAACCAUAAGGUGCAUGCCGUUAUCGGCGUGUUGAUGGACGACACGGACCCCUUGGUGACUGUGAUGAAAGUGGAAAAGGCCCCGCAGGAAACCUAUGCUGACAUUGGGGGUCUGGACAAUCAGAUCCAGGAGAUAAAGGAGUCUGUGGAGCUUCCUCUCACACAUCCAGAGUAUUAUGAAGAGAUGGGCAUAAAGCCCCCCAAAGGUGUCAUCCUGUACGGACAACCUGGCACAGGUAAGACGCUGCUGGCCAAAGCCGUAGCCAAUCAGACGUCUGCUACCUUCCUGCGUGUGGUGGGCUCCGAGCUCAUCCAGAAGUACUUGGGGGACGGACCCAAGCUGGUGCGAGAGCUCUUCCGGGUGGCGGAGGAACACGCGCCCUCCAUCGUCUUCAUCGACGAGAUCGACGCCAUCGGGACAAAAAGGUACGACUCCAACUCCGGUGGCGAACGUGAGAUCCAGAGGACCAUGUUGGAGCUCCUCAACCAGCUGGACGGCUUCGACUCUAGGGGUGACGUGAAAGUCAUCAUGGCCACCAAUCGGAUAGAAACUUUGGACCCCGCCCUCAUCAGACCAGGGAGAAUUGAUCGUAAAAUUGAGUUCCCUUUGCCUGACGAGAAGACCAAAAGGAGAAUCUUUCAGAUUCAUACAAGCCGCAUGACAGUAGCUGAUGAUGUCACACUUGAUGACCUCAUUCUGGCCAAGGACGACCUAUCAGGAGCAGACAUUAAGGCCAUCUGCACAGAAGCAGGCCUCAUGGCUUUGCGAGAACGCCGCAUGAAAGUCACCAACGAGGACUUCAAGAAGUCCAAGGAGAACGUCUUGUACAAGAAGCAGGAAGGCACACCCGAGGGUCUUUACCUCUAACCCCAAUAUGUCUUCUCAUGAUACAUCAAAACCAAGAGCUGACUCCUCCCCCUAGAGUCCAUUUCAUAUAUUUUGUCACGUCCGCUUAUCCUUUAUCUUCAGAUCUGUGUUGGAAAUAUGAAUAAGAAUGAUUGAAUAUCUCUAAA